UCGGGAAUUGACACGGCGCUUGACAGGAAAGCUCGCGGACCGGGGCACGCAGUAUGUCAUCCGCGGACUAUUGCUUCUUCUGUACAAUUUAACGCGUUUCUAUGAGUAAAAAAGUCGACAGACAUUAAUAAAGACGCAUUUUUAACGUUCAUCCAGGCUUAUCAGCGCAUGAGUCUGGGAUAUUUUUUCUGAGAGCGCUCGAGAAGUUGUCGAUGGCAAUAAAGAUACGGAAGUAGGGCUCGAUGUCACGACUCACAGCGAUGGAACUGGGCCGGCAACUCUGCGGGAAGAUGAGGAAGGCGAGGAGGCCCGAGACUGCUGUGCCCGUCACAGCCUGCGGCUUGGGGAUCCACUUCUACACCCCAGAGAUCAACCCACUGGAGAUCCAGGAGGGAAGCCACUCAGCCGAGGACCUGUGCCUCGAGGCGGCCAAGAGAUGCCGCAUCUCUCCCCUCUGUCACAAUUUAUUCGCCCUCUAUGAAGAAUACAGGGACAUCUGGUACCCCCCUAAUCACAUUUUCACAAUCGGUGACAGCUAUGUGAAGCUGCAUUACCGUAUGAGGUUCUACUUCACUAACUGGCACGGCACCAACGAGAAUGAGUCUCCCAUCUGGAGGUACUCCCUGAACAAACAGAAGAACUGUGCUAAGCAGGAGAGCCCCGAGGGAACGCCCCUCCUGGAUGCUGCCUCCUUGGAGUACCUGUUUGCCCAGGGGCAGUAUGACUUUGUAAAAGGACUGGCCCCGUUGAAGAGCUCCCACAGCGAGGAAGAGGUUCACGAGAUCGAGAACGAAUGUUUAGGCAUGGCGGUGCUGGCCAUCUCACACCACGCCAUCAACAAAAGAAUGUCCCUGCCCAGCAUCACAGCAGAGCUCAGUUACAAGAAAUACAUCCCAGAGAGCUUAAACAGGACCAUUAAACAGCGCAACAUCCUCACCCGUGUUCGAAUCAACAACGUAUUCAAGAACUUCCUCAAUGAGUUCAACAGCAAGACCAUCCAGGAUGGCCACGUCACCACACAUGACCUGAAGGUCAAGUACCUGUCCACCCUGGAGACCCUGACACGGUCCUUUGGCAAGGAGGUGUACGAGACGAGCAUACUGCAGGUCUCCAGCGAGAACAAGAAGUUUCCAGUGUUUGCCUUCAACGAGUGCGACCCACCAGUGUACGAGGUGCAAGUGUCUGGGAAUAGCGGCAUCUCAUGGCGAAAGAAGCCACUCAACAAUUUCUUCCUACUUAAAAACAAGAACAAAUCCAAGAAAAACAAGAUGAAAAACAAGAACGAAAAGAAAGAGGAGACCGUGGAUAGCUGGGAACUGUUUUCUGACUUUCACGAGAUUACCCACAUUGUCAUCAAGGAGUCCAUAGUCACCAUUUACAAACAAGAGAAGAAGAUGGAGAUGCAGCUCGCCUUCCCCGCUGAGGCGCUGUCCUUCAUUGCCCUGGUGGACGGCUACUUCCGGCUGACUGUGGAUGCCCAUCACUACCUGUGCACGGAGGUGGCUCCCUCCUCCGUGGUGCAGAACCUGCAGAAUGGCUGCCAUGGUCCCAUUUCAACCGACUAUGCCAUUCAUAAGCUACGCCAGGAGGGAAACGAGGAUGGCAUGUAUGUGCUGCGCUGGAGCUGCACGGACUACAGCCACAUCCUCAUGACGGUCACAUGCAACGAUAUGGACCUGUGCGAGUCCAAGAUGACCCGGCAGUACAAGAACUUCCAGAUCGAGGUGACAGAGGGAGGAUACCGGCUAUGUGGAACAAACACCUCCCAGAGCAGCCUGAAAGAGCUCAUGGACUACCUGGCGGGGCAGUGCCUGCGGACGGAGAACGUCAGCUUCCAGCUGAAACGCUGCUGCCCCCCACAGCCCCGAGAAAUUUCCAACCUCCUGGUAGUGACCAAGAAGAGAGACCAGGAUACCCAGGAUCAUCUCUUCAGCCAGCUGAUAUUCCACAGGAUACCCAAGGAAGAGAUCGUGCAGGGGGAGCACUUGGGUCGGGGUACCAGGACCAACAUCUAUGCAGGCAUCAUGAAGGUGAAAAAUGAGGAUGACGAGGACAGCGGCUACUGCAGCUACAGUGAGACUAAGGUGGUGCUGAAAGUGCUGGGGUCCAGUCACAGAGACAUCUCUCUGGCGUUCUUCGAGACAGCCAGCAGGAUGCGGCAGAUGUCCCAUAAACACAUCGUCCCGCUGUAUGGCUUGUGUGUCCGCGAACUGGAAUACAUCAUGGUGGAGCAGUUUGUGGAGCUGGGCCCGCUGGACCUCUUCAUGCAGAAACAGCGGCACUUCAUUACCACCCCGUGGAAGUUCCAGGUGGCCAAGCAGCUAGCCAGCGCCCUGAGCUACCUGGAGGAUCUACGGCUGGUCCACGGCUACGUCUGCACCAAAAACAUCCUCCUGGCCCGAGACGGCCUAGAAGGCGAAGACGGGCCCUUCAUCAAGCUGAGCGAUCCAGGCAUCCCCAUCACUGUGCUCACCAGGGCAGAAUGUGUGGACCGCAUCCCCUGGAUUGCCCCAGAGUGCCUGAGGAACGUAAAGGACCUCAGCGUGGCGGCAGACAAGUGGAGCUUUGGCGCCACCCUGUGGGAGAUCUGCUACGAUGGCGAGACGCCACUGAAAGAAAAAAAACUUACAGAGAAAGAGAGGUUCUAUGCCGCAGAGUGCAGCCUGGCCACCCCAGACUGCAAGGAGCUGGCCGACCUCAUGAAGCAGUGCAUGAACUACGACCCCCGUAAGAGGCCCUUCUUCCGAGCGAUUGUGAGGGACCUCAACAAGCUGGAGGAGCAGAACCCCUCCAUCGCCUCUGGGAUCAUCCCAGCCCAAGAGGUGGACCCCACCCAGUUUGAGAAGAGGUUCCUAAAGAAGAUCAGAGAUCUCGGAGAGGGCCACUUUGGCAAGGUGGAGCUGUGUAUGUACGACCCGCGCGGCGACCGAACCGGCGAGCUGGUAGCUGUGAAGUCCUUGAAGCCCGAGAACAAGGAGGACCAGAGCAGCAGCCUCUGGCGUGAGAUCGACAUCCUGAAGGACCUCUACCACAAAAAUAUUGUCAAAUACAAAGGCAUCUGCAGUGAAGAGGGGGGGAGAAGCAUACGGCUGAUCAUGGAAUACCUACCUUCGGGAAGCCUGAAGGAGUACCUUCCCCGCAAAAAGGCCCAGAUGGAUCUGAAGAGGCUGCUAAGUUAUGGAAUUCAAAUAUGCCAGGGAAUGGACUAUUUGGGGUCUCUGAACUACAUCCAUAGAGACCUAGCAGCUCGCAACGUGCUGGUAGAGAACGAGGAAACUGUCAAGAUCGGAGACUUUGGAUUGACCAAGAGCAUCAAGGACAACGAGGGCUACUACACCGUGAAGGACGACUUGGACAGUCCCGUCUUCUGGUAUGCCCCCGAGUGCUUAUUGCACUGCAAGUUUUACCGUGCGUCAGACGUCUGGUCCUUUGGGGUGACCAUGUACGAGCUGCUGACCUACUGUGAGCCAGAGUCGAGUCCUAUGCAGGUGUUCUUGAACAUGAUUGGGCCAACCCAUGGUCAGAUGACUGUCACCAGGCUGGUGAAAAUUCUGGAGGAGGGGAAGAGACUACCUCGUCCAUCAAACUGCCCCGAAAAAGUCUAUACUCUGUUGACGAAGUGCUGGAAGAGUGCCCCAGAGGAGCGGAUCGACUUUAAGGGUCUGAUCAAGGAGUUCGAGAAGGUGCCCUGACUUACCCGACAGGAUUGACGUGGAACAGCAUUGAAUAAGUGAUAGCUGAAAGAUCAUGACUACCAUUCUUUUGUUUCUCUUUAUCAUUGUUUAAAGUCUCAGGAAGACUAGACAUCGUUACAUUUAUCAGAUGAAACAAUAAAAUUGUAAAUAGAUACAAGUACAGUAUUUCACUUUUUUUUUGUUUAAACUUAAAAAAAUCAAAAACCUUUUGUGCAAUCUAUAACCUUUGGCAUUAAUCCAUUUUUACGUGGCAUCACAGAAUACCAUUUAAAUAUAUAAUAAAUGAAAAGGUCUGUGUGUCAUUCUCUGUGAAAUGCUUAAUUUGCUUCUGAAUAAUUGUUUCUCAGCUGUGGAUGAAGAGCACUUAGUGAGCUCACAUAGCCACGGUUCUUCUGCUCUGGAAAAUUUAUCUGGAAAUACCAGACCUUGGAAUGGAAUGACUUUAGCGAACAGCACUUAUUUCCGAGAAUUCCAGCCUGUCUCAAAGUAUUAUAGAUAUUUAAAUAAUAAAAGAUCCAAAAGAACAUAGUUGACACAACAGAUUAAAAAAAAUAAUAAUUAGACCUUUUUUAUACUGUAAGGUCUGAAUAUCUUAGAGAAAUCCCUUAUAGUUAUUUACACUGCACAGUUUUCAGGUUAGAAAGAAGAAAAAAAACAAACAUCUGAAAGUGUCACUAUACCAUAUCACAUAUACUCCAUGAUAUUUUAAAGUAAGACAGAUGGCACGCUCAUGCUGAUGUUAAGCCUGGGAGAGACGUCAACAAGUAGAUGCGACAAAUUUCAGCUGCUCAACACUGUAAGGCGUCCGAUCAGACAAUGAACCGCAGGCAACAAAUCAAGAAUUUAUGUAAAAAUGAGCUGCAGAUGAUCUGUCAUUGGCUAAGUAAACAGAGUGUUUACUUUAAGCUUAAAAAUGUUUAAUUUCAUGUAAAUAAACUUUUAAAUAAACUUUUAAUAAAAUCCCA